AUGUGUUCUAUUCCUGCAGACCGUGCCGCCGUGCAUACAGGAGGAGUGCAACAGUCAACGUCCAGCUACGAUAAAGCACGAAUCAGAAGCCCUCUCCCCUCCUCUAUUGUGGGCAAAUUCUACCCUGGCCCAUCCAAUCGCUUCGAGCCUCAACGGAAGCAUGGGAACGAGGUUCAUGGAGUUCCUAAUUCAAGGUCAGCGGUUACAGGACGAGAGCAAGCUGAUAUUUCGUCACACCGAUCCAGACCUGUACUUGAGUCGAUCGACUUCUGGACCGACUAG